CACCCGCGGCGUUCCCCCGCCGCGCGUCAGUCGCCCGGCCGGCGCCCGCUCGUUCGCACACAUAACGCUCGUUUGAUGCAAUCAAAGGGACGAUUAAAACUCAUGCAAUCCAAAGACAUGGAGUUUGAAUAUGAUCCAGAGAAGCUGAUUAACGAAGUGAAGAAGAGACCCGGGAUAUGGGACUUCGUAGACCCCGACUACAGGGCGAAACACGUCCGUCACCAGCUGUGGUCCGAGGUCGUUCACGAACUCAUGCAUUCGGACAUGAAAGUGACCAAGAGCGAGAUGCGCGUUUUAGAAAUACAACUCCAAAAGAAAUGGAAAAGCAUCCGAGACUGUUUUCAAAAAUACAUAGCAAAUCCAAACAAGACCAAAAGGCCGUAUAUUUACAGUAAACAAUUACAGUUCCUUCUCAAAAACCAAGAUAUGCCCGCAAACACAAACGAAUGCUCCAGCGGAUCUGAUGACGAUCCGCGAUCACGAGACAGAACAGUUUGGAAAACUAAGAAGAGGCUAAAAUUGUCAAAGACAGAACACAGUUCUGACGAAGACAACGAUAAUGAUAAUGACAAUGUGGAACAUCAAGAAAUGUUUAUGAACUACAACAAUGGCGACGAAACUAAUGAGGUACCAGUAAUAAACCACAGUAAACCUGAAGAGUUCGCUUUCGCUAACGUCGAUGUUUCCUUAAGAAAUGACGAGGACCCGGACAAAAUGUUUCUAUUAUCUCUCUUGCCACAUAUCAAAUCGAUUCCGGAAGAGUUUCGUCUAAAUGUUAAAAUGGAGAUGAUGCAAGUGUUAAACAACGCAAAUUACAUGAGCACGAGAAACAAUAAAAUGUUAUAAUUUGUAACGAGUUAGUGAGCGUUAUUAACUAAAACGCUAAUUGUAUUAAAUUUAUUUCAUGCUAUCUUAGCACGCAAAGUUGUUUCACAACACAAAAUGAUUUAGUAGAGAAUAAGAUUCAUUCCAUUAAAGUAUGUUUUAACGAAAGGUAUUUUUGAAUU